AUGAGUCACUCACUCCAAUCUCUCACUCCAUGUUCCACUCAACUCUCGGCCGCGUUCCGUACGUUCACGUACCGGCCGCGUACCGCGCAAGCAUCCCACGGCCGAACAUUGUUGUCCGUGGCCGAUCUUACGUUCCCAAACGUUCCUCCAACUCUUCUCAUGACCAUUUUCUUGUCUAGUCAUAUCUUGGCCACCUGCCCGUCACGCCGAUCCGCGCAUCCUUAUAAGAAGACGGCUAAACCUAAUCUAGCUAGGUCGGCGCCGGUCUUGGGCUUGAAUUGUGCGGAUUGGGCUUCAAAAACGGCUUCGGGUCGACCGCGGCGUUUGGACGGUCGUGCGGGACGGUCGGCCGGACAGUCGGGUCUUUGGNUACGGUCGUGCGGGACGAUCGGCCGCACAAUCGGGUUGUGGCCGAGUCGGAACGGUCGGGGCCGGAUGGAUUCACGGUCAGCCGGCUUGGUCGGGCGGAUAGAUGUUUGGCCGAUGAAAUCUCUCGGCCGGACGCGAGGCGUUACUCCCCGGGUCGUACGAAGUGUUCGUGCGCGGUACGUGAGCGAGUUGUGCGGCCGCGAGGCGUUACUCCCCGGCUCGCACGCUUUGGUCGUGCGCGGUUGUGGCGUGGCCGGUUGUGGCGUGGCCGACCGCGGGCUUGAGUUUCCCGGGUCGUGGAGCGUGAUCGGCCGAGCGAUAUUGGACUUUGGCCGAGAUUUUAGUCGGACGGACACAGCUUUGGCCGAGCUUUGGCUUUGA